AUGCGUUCCACUCUGCUCUUCGCCGCCCUCGCGGUCGGCACCUGUGCCAAGGUCAUUGAGAAAGAAGUUUACGUGACUGACUGGACUACUACCACUGUCACCGAAACUGUCACCCAAUGGCCGACCACCACCGCCAACACUGCCAACCUGGUCAAGCAGGACACCGUUGUUGCUGAGCCUUCUUCUUCUUCUUCGUCCUUGACCUCGGCUUUGCCCACUGUCGAUUUGAGCAAGAAGACUACCGCCGAGCCCGCCCCGGCUGCUACCGAGGAUGCUGCCGCUGCCAAUGCCGGAGGCGCAACCACCUGGUACUCGACCACCUACUGGUCCAUCCCUGCUGAACCCGCUACCACUGAAACCCCGACUUCUCUGGCUACCUCGACUUCUGCCGCGGCCGCUGCCACCCCUACCAACGCCUACCAGGAGUCCAUCCUGUACAACCACAAUGUCCACCGCAGCAACCACUCUGCUAGCUCCGUUACCUGGUCUGAAUCUCUCGAGUCCAGCGCCCGCACUCUUGCUGAGCGUUGUGUUUACAAGCACGACACUUCCAUUGCUGGCGGUGGCUACGGUCAGAACAUUGGAUACGGUGUCGGAGAGUCCACCAUCGGAGAAAUGAUCACCAACCUGAUGUACAACGAUGAGAUGAUGUACUUCGCCGAGCUCUACGGCCAGGCCUCCCCCGACAUGUCGAAUUUCGACGCCUGGGGCCACUUCUCCCAGAUUGUCUGGAAGGGCACCGAGCAAGUCGGUUGUGCUACUGUUGUUUGCCCUUCCCUUGGCAACGCCGGUGGCUCCAACGUGCCUUUCACCGUCUGCAAUUACUCGCCUGCCGGUAACUAUGACGGCGAAUACGCCGACAACGUCCUGUCCCCCAAGGGCGCCAGCAUCUACACUGCCUAA